AUGGCGCCCAUCAACACCAACAACGUGUUCAUCCGCCUGCAAGAACAGUCCGUCCGUGAACGUUCGUUCCUUGAAUCUUCCUUUGUCGACAACGGCGAGAUAGCUCGACUGAACGAAGAACGGGUCGACGACGUCGCCAACCCGAUCUUGGAGACGACCUUGGACCAGAGGGUAUCCGGCCGUGGACGCCGUUGUUCAACAAGCCCCAAGGAUAGCCUAUUCAUGGCCUUGACCGUGAUGAAGCAUUUCAGCACUUGGGACAAGCACGCUGCUGACUUUGGCUUCAAAGCACCGACAUUUGAGAAACUCAUCAUGCGAGUUGUCAUGACCAUUGAGCCGCUAUUCUCGGAACAGCUGAUCGUUUGCCCGACGAUGACCUCCUUGACUGCGGCAAGCAGGCGGUUUUCGAACUUCCCGUAUGCCCUAUACACUGUUGACGUGAAGUUCCAACCUUCCUUGCGCCCCACUGGACGGUUCGCGGAACAGAAGCACUAUUUCAGUGGUAAGCAUCACAUGUAUGGUUACAAGAUCGAGGCGGCGGUCUCACCGGAUGGGCGCUGUGUUGCAAUGUCCGACGCACAUCCUGGGUCUGUGCACGAUCUUACGAUCCUGCAUACACGCCGUGAGUUGCACACGACCAACUUGACCAAGUCCGCCUGCGAAGCCGCUAUGCCUGACCAUGGUGAACUGUCAGCUGAGUACACGGCGACAUGGGCUUGCCUCGUGGACAUGGGGUACAUUGGUGUUGACCAUACGCUGCGUGGAAUCCAUCCGAAGCGCAGCCCGCAGAAUGUAGCCUUGGACGUCGCUGACGUGGAGCGCAACCGCCGGGUGUCCUCCGACCGUGUGGUCGUCGAGAGCUUCUUCGGCCGCGUGUGCUCCUUGUGGAAGAUCUAUGGAGUCAUUCAACGCACGACAUUUGCGUUGACCAACUUUCACAUCUCGUUGAUGCCCGUGCGCGCUGAAGACGAAGUCUACUAUGCGUUGAUCAUGGCGCGCUACCAAGGGAUGGCGAACGAACACAAGUGA